AUGGAAGAAGCUUCUAGUCCCGGCCGUGGCACCCCCGCUGCCGGAUUUUACUACAGUGCGCCCGCCAGUCCCACGCACUUUGUCCUAUCAACCACCAAUCUCACUUCCUAUUCCUCGUCCGCCGCCGCGGCGGACGCUGGUUCUUCAUUUGAGUUCGAUUUCUCCGCCACAUUUCCUUCCACCGGCGCCUCGUCGCCCGAAUCCAUGACCUCCGCCGACGAGUUAUUCUUCAACGGCCAGAUCCGACCUAUGAAGCUCUCUACCCAUCUCCAGCGCCCCCAACUCCUCGCCCCUUUGAUUGAAUCCGACGACGUUGCGGAGGAGGACCAAACAUUCUCCCGCGGGAGAGACUUGAAGUUACGCGCCGGAUCCCUGCGCCGGAGGACCAGAUCCAUGUCCCCUCUCAGAACGACAGCGACGGAGUGGCACGACGACGACGACGAGGCCAAGAGGCAAAAUGAGGAGCUCGCACGUAAGAAUGCCGAAGAAGACAAGGGAACCGACGAAACAACACCGUGCGCGUCCAGGUCAUCGUCGGCCGGGCGGAGUUCGCGGCGGUGGGUUUUCCUGAAGGAAUUUCUGUACAGAAGCAAGAGCGAAGGUAGAAACGAGGGGCACAAGUUCUGGGGCUCCUUAUCCUUCUCACCGGUGAAGGAUAAGAAAGCGCCGCCAUUGUCAAGCUCCAAGGUGAAGGAUCAGAGUGGUGGGGGGAAUCAAGAGGGUAAAAAGAGGGGAGUAAAUAGUAAAACUGGGGCUGGUAAAAGAAGAGUGCCAUCGCCAUCACCUCAUGAAUUGCACUACACGGCAAACAGAGCACAGGCGGAGGAGAUGAGGAAGAAGACAUUCUUGCCGUACAGGCAGGGUUUGCUGGGGUGUCUGGGCUUCAGUUCCAAGAGCUACGGCGCCAUGAAUGGCUUUGCUAGAGCUUUGAAUCCUGUGUCCUCAAGGUAAAAACUAGAGAAACUCAAACAGAAACUGCUUUUUCUUUUUUGUAACAGAGAUGUGGUGGGAUUGUACAGACAUAUGAUUAAAAAUUUUAUUAUGUAAUGUUGUUUCUUAGUCAUAAAUAAAUUUUCUUCAUGUCAUCACUA